AUGCACAACGCUCUCAAUCGACUCCAGGCCACCUUCGGGUUCUUCACCUCCUGCGCGUUUACUCUGGCGUUGAUCAUCGCCGUCCUGUCUCUCAUUCCCAUACCGGCCUCUACAAGCUCGCCUAGCGCCUCCGUCGCUGUCCGCAACGUUCAGGUCGUUAAAGGUCGCCCUCACUACUACUCUCCGAAACGCGAAGAAUACGCCCAGAUCAGGUUCGACCUUAAUGCCGACUUGUCGAGUCUCUUCACUUGGAACACGAAACAGUUGUUCGUCUAUGUGACCGCAAACUAUCCUAAUGGAAAAGACGGUCAAGGUGAUUUGUCAGAGACGGUCAUCUGGGACACCAUUAUUCCCGCCACUUCCACUCCAUAUUCCUGGCAGAACCUGAAGCAGAAAUACUUCCCUGAGAAGAAGAAGUCGAACUCUAAGAGCCGAAGGGAUUCAAACGCAAAAACCAAGACGACAGACCUUGUCAAGCCCGGUGUGCUCUCUCUGAAGAACCAAAAGCCCAAAUACCAAAUUACAGAUCCGAGCGGUGUCAUCAGUGAGAGGAGUAAUGCGACAUUGCAGGUCAGCUGGAAUCUCCAACCUUGGGUGGGCUCUUUGGUCUGGGACCAAGGCUACCUGGGCCAACGAAUUGGGAAAUGGAAUGCUGGCAAGGCCGGUAGGAGUGAGCCUUUUGACUUUCCGCCGUUGAAGGGCACCAAGACAGAUACUGUCAAGGACAAAGAAGGGCCUAGAACCCCGGAGGCCGGUUCUGCUUCACCAGUCAUCGAGAUAUAG